AUGGACAACUUCAUUGCCGACAACUACUCUGACAUAUACCUUCCUUACACCGAGCAAAAUCUUCCCGACGCUAUGACUGGAGAAGCUCGACAACUCUUUCUAGACUACCAGAAUAAUGUUCUGAUAAGUAACGGGGCCAAGAUCGAGUCUGGACUCUAUUCACAUAUGAACCUUGAGGGCAGUGCUGCGGACCUGUUCUACCGCAAGCGACUACUGGGCAGGGGUGGCUUUGGAGAAGUAUACCAUGUCAUCGGGAAAGCCUCCCUGAAGCACUUUGCGUGGAAAAUCAUCUCUAGACGACACUUUGACAUGAAGAAAGAGCGACUACUGCCGCAGACCUUCCAGAACGAGCUGACGGCCCUCCAGUCACUUCGCCAUAGGCAUGUGGUCCGACUGGUAGGCUCUUACAGCGAUGCGGACCACGUUGGUCUCCUAAUGCAGCCGGUAGCCGAUCAAGAUCUUUGGAAGUUACUCAGUGAACCAAAGGGGAAGCAAGAGCACCGUGAGCGUUGCCUUUGCUUGCGAGGAUUUUUCGGAUGUCUUGCUACUGCGGUAGACUACUUUCACAACAACACCACGAAAAAGGUACAGCACAGGGACAUCAAGCCUCAAAAUAUCUUGGUAAAAGGAACAAAAAUUUACAUCACUGAUUUUGGGACUGCCCGGCUGCGGGAUGUGGACUCGGGCGACGUGACAGAGCCCACGGCUUCCACCAUGGUUGCUAUCUCCUGGAGAUAUGUGGCACCCGAGGUUGCUCACGGAGGUACGCGAACAUAUGCCAGCGAUAUAUGGGCGUUGGGCUGUGUAUUCAUUGAGAUGUUGACAAUAUUGGCCGGCAAAUCGCUCUCGGAUCUUUCAACGUUUAUGCAACAACGACAAUCGAAGCCGGAAAAAGACCAAGGACGCUUUAAAUUCUUCGGAAAUUACGAGUCGAUUGUCUUGUGGCUUGAGAUACUUGGUGAGAGCAUCAGGAAAGGGGAAAACUCUCAGGAUAUUCAGAUGAUCGAGGUGAUUAUGGCUAUGCUUUGUAUGGAACGGCGCUCUAGAAUCACAGCACCACACCUGGUACGGCGUAUUUUCCAGCUGGAGGGACUUUAUCAUGGACACUGUUGUAGAGGUACGGCGACCCCAUCGGGAAUUGGAAAAUGUGUGCCGCUCCGACAGGACUCGUGGCGAAGCGAACGACUCCACCCUCCAAGAGGUUGA